CAUGCGCUAUCACACCAUAGCAAUUCGUCUCCAACCGUAAACAGCUGAGAGAAAGGGUAGAGAAGACAAAAUGGCGGAGUGAAUGGGUUGCGCUGUGGCAAGCGGUUGCGACCCUCGAAGAUAGUCCAUUGGAUAUUUAGGACCGAAAUGUUUGGAUAGAAAAGCGAUAUCGCCAGGAACGUAAUUAUAUUGGCGUUUCAGCCAUACGUUUUUUUUAGGUCGUUUCUCCCCGCGACGAUCCUCGCGAUAGCAUUUAGCUGUAACUGGCUGGUCGUACAAGGCCGCAACAUCUUUCAGAUUUACAUCGAAUUGUAUGUCGUUACUGCCACGUCAUACAGUAUUUCUUAAAGGAAUUCGUGUUUCAACGAACAUCUUUUGGGAAUGGUAGCGUAAAAAAAGUCAACGCACUGAUAUUUUUUUUCCAUCCGGCGCAUUACGUUAGCCGUAGUUUUUUUUUUUUUUUAAGUAGCUAACAGUGGUCGAUAGCCACCAACGCCAGCUGACUCGGGGCCACCUUUAUGUUUCGCCGCUGCCCAUAAAACACAAUUCCCUGAAGUGAAUCUUGCGGCGAUUGUCAUCUGGUGGAUAUUAUGGCGAGCAGCAGCGGCUCUAAAGCCGAAUUUAUCGUCGGUGGGAAAUACAAGCUUGUCCGAAAAAUUGGAUCGGGGUCUUUCGGUGACAUAUAUUUGGCCAUCAACGUCACAAAUGGAGAGGAGGUAGCAGUCAAACUGGAGUCCCAGAAAGCCAGGCAUCCACAGUUGUUAUACGAAAGUAAGCUGUAUAAAAUACUACAAGGUGGUGUCGGCAUUCCACAUAUACGGUGGUAUGGCCAAGAGAAGGAUUACAACGUCCUAGUGAUGGACCUGCUUGGCCCCAGCCUCGAGGACCUAUUUAACUUCUGCUCUCGCCGCUUCACCAUGAAAACAGUCCUUAUGUUGGCAGACCAGAUGAUCAGCAGAAUUGAGUAUGUACACACAAAGAACUUCAUCCACAGAGAUAUCAAACCAGACAACUUUCUCAUGGGCAUCGGCCGUCACUGUAACAAGUGUUUAGACUCAUCAGUGGGGAAGAGGAAAAGAAGCUUGGCGGUUAGCUCUUCUCAGGACCCAUCUUUCUCAGGAUUAAACCAGUUGUUCCUUAUUGACUUUGGAUUGGCGAAGAAGUACAGAGAUAACCGAACACGACAGCACAUCCCCUACAGAGAAGACAAGAACCUGACCGGCACAGCACGUUAUGCCUCCAUCAAUGCACACCUGGGCAUUGAACAGAGUCGGCGUGAUGACAUGGAGUCACUAGGCUAUGUGCUGAUGUACUUCAACAGAACCAGUCUACCAUGGCAAGGACUGAAGGCUGCCACAAAGAAGCAGAAAUAUGAGAAAAUCUCGGAGAAAAAGAUGUCCACUCCUGUGGAGAUUCUCUGUAAGAGUUAUCCAGCAGAAUUUUCCAUGUAUUUGAACUAUUGCCGUGGUCUGCGCUUUGAGGAGGCUCCUGAUUAUAUGUAUCUUCGCCAACUCUUCCGCAUCCUCUUCAGGACUUUGAACCACCAAUAUGACUAUACAUUUGACUGGACCAUGCUGAAACAGAAAGCAGCGCAGCAGGGGGCUUCCACCGGGGGCCAGGGCCAACAGGCACAAACCCCCACAGGCAAGCAAACUGACAAACCCAAGCCUAACAUGAAAGCCAUUUGCUAAAAUCCAAAAAGACCAAACUGACAAAAGGGUGAUGAACAAGCCUGACGUAGUGGUGGUGGAUAAACAACAGAAGACUGCAGUGGUGAUAGAGUUAGCAAUCUUAAGUGAUGGCAACAUCCAGUAAAAGGAAAACAAAGUUUAAUAUUCAGUAUUGGUUUUGGUAUUGUUUAAAAAAGUGUUUUUACAGGGUUUUUUUAUGUUAACUUUGACUAUUUUUACAUUCAUCAGAAAAGCAUUUUUUGUGAAAGGCUAAGACUGCUGAAGCCUGUUAAAACAAUAAAUGACUGCAGAGCCACUUUUUUGUUAUAUACAAAUAUUUUUAUCUGUCACAAUGAUGUAAUGAAUUUAAAUGAAAAUACCUCAAGUCCAGGGCUUUUCUCAUCAUUUUUUCUUUGGGUGAGAUUAAAAAACGAUUAGAUUAAUUACAGAGCAAAAUUAAUAAAAAAGUGUAGCGCUAGACAGCACUUAAUAUAUGUAAUACAUGCAUACAAACAUAUAUAGAUAUGUAUGUAUAUGACACAAUUCCCCUUUCAGACAACACAUUUUAUCUUUAAGGUAGAUAAAAUCUAUUGUUUUAGACAUUUUGAUUCAGAUUCUUGGAGUGGUGAUUUAAUUUAAAAUACAUUCUCAAUUUAACUCAUUUUUCCAUUCAAACUGAUUUUUUGAUUCACAAUCAAUACAUUUUUGAUGCCCAUUGAGACAUCAUCCUAUAUGGACACAGGCGCCGUCUUAUAUGGAUCUGGACCUUAUAGUCAAUGAAGUAUUUUAGGUUUUACUUUGACUGGCACAGCUUUUAUAGACUUGACAGUACUGGUACAUCGGAUCAGAAAAUGCACUAACAAGGCUGAGAACCAUAUUGAGUAGCUAUGAAAGCCUGUUGCGUCUAACCCCACACACUAAAAACGUAGUAGUCCGUGUUAUGUGGAACAUGAUUGCCAGAAGAGGACAGCACUUUCGCCACACCUAGUGUGUGUGUGACAAUCAUUGGUACCGGUACUUUAACUUUAAGCCCAAGUGUUACCUUCCUGUAAGCCAAAUUUUAAACUUUUUGCCCCCACAAAAAGGGUGUGGCGUCCCCAAUUUUUUGUGGUGGGCCAUUACAAAUUAGUAAAUGUAUGGGAACCACUGAAAUGAGUGUGGUUUAAUUGAUGUUAAUACAUGUUGCCCAUUUAAAAAGAUGAAAAAAGGAGAAAAAUGCACUGCAGGUAAACAUUUUGUUUUCCAAUACUUGUUACUGCAAAAACCCUUUGUGGAGUUACCUUCAUAUGAAUGAAAAGUCCACAUCAAUGCAGGUGGUUCUUGGGUUACGAACGUGUUGCCAUUCUUAAACAGUGAUAUAAGUUAAGUUCUAGUGUAAGUCGGAUCUUAUACCUAAAAUAUACAUAAAUUUACUCUUAAGUCACUCACAAUGUGCACAGAAAACAAGGACAUUUAAGAUAAACAAAAUAAAUACAAGAACGAAUUAAAACAAAAACACUGUG